AUGGGAGACUAUCUCGUCAAGGCCGCUCGCCAGCUGCAGGAGUUCUUCAGCAGUUUGAUCCAGAUCCUGCAGAAGCUCCUGCGUGGAGAGGCGUCCCAAAAACACCCGAGUUUCAUCAACCGAUGGCGGCGACGCUCUCUGGACGGCUUCGCGGAGGAGAUUGAGCAUUUGUUUACCAGCCACUUGUCGCCCAAAAACCUGGCAUCGAUCUCCAAGAAGAUCAGCAGCCAACUCCGCACAUCGGCCAAAUCAAGCCAGAUUAACAUGCUCCCCUCCUUCAACCACUCUCUGCCCACUGGCCAGGAGAAGGGCUCCUAUCUCGCUCUAGAUGUAGGAGGCUCAACCUUCCGCGUCGCCCUGGUGCAGCUGUCUGGCAAAGAUGGAAAAAUGACCAUUCGCAAGAUGACCUCGUCACAUAUCAACGAGAAGGUCAAGGCCCUGCAAGGCAAAGCCUUUUUCGACUGGAUGGCCGAGAAGAUCGAGGUGAUGCUGAAAAGCAGCCCUACGGAAUUUGAAUUAGACUUUCCCCUGUCCAUGGGACUGUCGUGGUCGUUCCCCAUUGACCAAACGUCGAUUCGCAGCGGGAAGGUCAUUGCCAUGGGCAAAGGCUUUCGCUGCUCAGACGGUACCGUGGGCGAUGACUUACGAGACCUCAUUAUGGAGGCGUGUCAAAAACGCAAUCUCGACGUCUCGCUGGAAGCCAUUGUGAACGACAGUUCAGCCACCUUACUCUCGCGCGCAUACUCCGACCUCACCACCCGCAUGUCCCUGAUCUUAGGCACGGGGACGAACAUGGCCGUUCAUUUCCCGGUGCAUGCGCUUGGGAUCGAGAAAUAUGGCGUCCGCUCGCCAGAGUGGUUCGCGCAUGCGGACCACGUCAUCACGAACACGGAAAUAAGCAUGUUCGGCGGAGGUCUGCUCCAAAUGACGCGUUGGGAUGACGACUUGAACCGCAACCACAUUAAACCAGAUUACCAACCGCUGGAGUACAUGUGCACAGGCAGGUACCUGGGCGAAAUCGUCAGGCUCAUCGCGGCAGAAGCCACGCAGACGGCGGGUCUGUUUGGCGGAAAAUUACCCGCUUCCUUGCAGUCGCGAUACUCCCUGGAUACGGCUGUCCUUGCCUGCAUCGAGGAAGACACGUCCCCGUCGUUCACAGAUUCCAUCGCCUGCAUCCAGAAACACCACGAAUUCGCGGCUCCCCCCACCCCAAGCGACAUCGCAUUCCUGCACAAAGUCUGCCACGCCGUCUCCCAGCGCGCAGCCGCGUAUCUCGCGGUCGCCAUCCAUGGCCUCUGGUGCCUCCGAAACGAGAGCGAAACCCCCAUCCUCCCCGCAACGCCAGAAUCCGCCAGCGACGACAUGCUCAAGGUCCAGACGGCGCAGGCGCCCAACGACCCGGUCCGGCUCCAGGUCAACAUCGCCUGCGACGGCAGCGUGAUCAGCAAAUAUCCAAACUUCCGCAGUCGCUGCCAAGACUAUCUCAACCAACUGACCCUCGAGCCCGAGGCGGCGGCCGUCGCGGCGUCGUUCGAUUCGGCGACCACCGCCGUCUCCAAGACAGCGGUGACAUCGUCCGUGCAACAGCUACCUUCGAUCACGCUGGAUCUAGCGCCGGAGGGUGGCAUCUUCGGUGCUGCAGUUGCAGUUGCGGUUGCAGCCCCGAGUAACAGGUGA